AUGUACCUGGCCCUGGUGGAGGGGGCGGGCAGACUGGCCAGAGGGGAGGGGGACAACAGGCUGGCCCUCGAUUGGAGUCCCGUGUGCAUCCGCGCUGCUCAUCAUCCACCAGCGAUCCAGGCAGGGGCCGGGAAUACCGCGAGACAUUUGGGAGCUUUGGAUAAGCCGGGCCUAGGCCGUCCGGAUGCGGAUGGCAAGCAUCAUCUCGUCGUCAAGUGUCCGGCUGCAAAGUCCACAGAGCCUAGCCGGCCAUCAAGCUUGGGCUGGCUCACAAAGAGUUUCGAGAGCGGAAGAAUGGGCGUCAUGGACCUUGAAGGCACGGAAUCUCCCAUUGUCGAACACAGCAUCACUCGCUCAGAUGUCUUGCGCAGAGGCCGAUCAGCCUUUGGCAUGCAUCAAGACGAACUCGGCGAGAGGAAGAGAUCUGGCGAGAGAAACAGAUCGGAAGAAGAAACGAGGCCGGUAAUCUCCUUGUUCUCUGCGUGCGGUGCACGGUUGCUCUUUGCUGUGGAGAGGAAAGGCUCGAAUACCUCGAGAGAGUAG